GUUUUCUUUAAUUUGAAAAAUUGUUUGUGUUGUACUCACAAGUAUAAACAUUGCGUUUUUCCUUAAUCUCUUCAGUUAUGCCAUUGUAUAAAGUUAAAUAUUAUUACCUAAAUUGAUUCUCUAUAAUACGGUUGCAUAGUGACGAACUAACUUUAUUGAAUUCAAAAUUCCAGAAAAUGAAUAUUGAAUUAACCACAUUUUUAACGUUAUUUUUAUUGUAUGACAAUACUGUAUUGUCCGAAGUUGAUGUAGAUCCUUUGGGAUACAUAGUAUACUGUCCUUGCAUGGGUAGAUUUGGAAACCAGGCAGAUCACUUCCUGGGAGCUCUUGGCUUUGCCCAUGCUCUCAAUCGAACCUUAGUGUUACCACCUUGGGUGGAAUACCGUUAUGGUGAACCAAGAUCAAUUCAAGUUCCUUUUGAUAAAUAUUUUAAAGUAGAAACUCUGAGAAAGUUUCACAAGGUUAUAACCAUGGAAGAAUUUAUGUCUAAUAUAGCUCCUUUUGAAUGGCCUUCUAGCAAAAGGAUUUCUUUUUGUUAUUCAGCUAGAGGUGGUGAUGAUAAAUCAUCAUGUAAUGCUAAAGAAGGAAAUCCAUUUGGGCCAUUUUGGGAUACAUAUUCCAUAAAUUUUAUUGAUUCAGAAUUUUAUGGUCCUCUUCAUUAUGAUGUUCAUCAUCACAACAUAGUUAGUGAAUGGAAUAGGAAGUAUCCUCCAAAUAAAUGGCAAGUUUUAGCCUUCACAGGUGCUCCUGCUACAUUUCCAGUUCAGGAGGAAAAUAGGAUACUUCAUAAAUAUUUAGAAUGGAGUGAUGCCAUAUCUUCAAAAGCUCAAAAUUUCAUUAAAAAUUCUCUCCCUAAAGGUGCUUUUGUUGGGAUACACCUAAGGAAUGGAAUCGACUGGGUCAGAGCUUGUGAACAUAUCAAAGAGAGUCCAAACUUGUUUGCUGCACCGCAGUGUUUGGGAUAUCGAAAUGAGAAAGGGAGAGCUACUCAGGAUAUGUGUUUUCCUACCAAAGAAACGAUAAUUAGACAAUUGAAAAGGGUUAUCAAGGCAAUAAAUAACUCUGGAAGUGAAGGUAGAGUAAUAAGGUCAGUUUUUGUAGCUUCAGAUAGUAAUCAUAUGGUCAAUGAUCUGAAUGAAGCUUUAAAACGAAUGAAUAUUGAAGUAUUCAAAUACCCUGAGAAUAAUCCUCAUGUAGAUCUAGCAAUUUUAGGACAAUCAAAUCAUUUCAUAGGUAAUUGUAUAUCAUCUUAUACAGCUUUUGUUAAGAGGGAACGUGAUGUACAUAAUUUUUCUUCAUCUUUUUGGGCUUUUCCUAAAGAAAGGGGUAAGAAUAAUAUUCAUGAAGAACUUUGAAAAACUUAGAUUGAAUCAUUCAAAAUUGUUUUUCUCUGUAUCUAAUUCUGUAAACUUUUUGUUUUUGCAUUGGUAUAUUGAUGUAAAAAAAAGUUGACUUUGAGAGUCUCAAUUUCAUUUGUGCAACUGAAAAGUUGCUCAAGAUGGCAUAUAGUAUAUAACUGAGUUU